AUGGCGUUCCCCGUAGCCCUGCCCGACUGGAGCAACCUGGCAGUGCUGCAUACCAAUGCCCUGCCAGCUCGAGCUCACUUUUACUCGUACGCAUCCGAGACUGCAGCCCUCACCCACGAUCGGCACCAGUCCGAGUAUCACAGCCUGAAUGGCACGUGGAAAUUCCACUACGCCGCAAGCCCAUUUGAGGCACCACCCUUUGAGCCGGAAAACACGGCAUCGUGGGCCGACAUCGAGGUGCCGGGCAUGUGGCAGCUCCAGGGGUACGGGCAUCCGCACUACACCAACAUCAAAUUCCCGUUCCCCGUCACGCCUCCCAACGUCUCGUACAUCAACCCGACCGGGUCCUACUUUCGCGAGUUUGAGGUGCCGGACGGGUGGGACGGCCAGCAGAUCCGCCUGCGCUUCGAGGGCGUCGACAGCGCGUUCCACGUGCAGGUGAAUGGCCGACCGGUCGGGUACAGCAGCCUGGGCAGCCGCAACCCGAGCGAGUUCGACAUCACGCCCUACCUCGGCGGCGGCAAGACGAACAACGUGUCUGCCAGGGUUUAUCAGUGGUCGCACGGCACGUAUAUCGAGGACCAGGACCAGUGGUGGCUGUCGGGCAUCUUCCGGGACGUGUACCUGAUGCCGUUUGCAAAGUCGUCGAUUGUGGAUUUUCAGGUGCAUCCAGAGCUCGACGCAGCCCUCACGACCGGCACUCUCCGCACCGCGGUCGAGAUACAGGGCGACGAAGGACUUCUAAACAUCAAGCUUCUGGGUCCGGGCGGCAACAAUACAAUCGGCGAAUGGGACGGCCCCUCGUCGCAAAUCAGCGACGCCAUCUUCACCGUAACCGGCGACGACCUGCACAUCUGGUCCGCCGAGACGCCGAGCCUCUACACGGCCCUGAUGACCUUCAACGGGCGCACCAUAAGCCAGCGCCUCGGCUUCCGGCGCAUGGAGCGCAGCGCCGACGGCUCGACCUUUCUGGUGAACGGCAAGGCGAUCAAGAUUUACGGCGUGAACCGGCACGAACACCACCACCUGUCGGGCCGGACGGUGCCGUACGCGGCGCUCCGCCACGACCUGCUCGCCAUGAAGCGGCACAACAUCAACGCGAUCCGGACGUCGCACCAGCCCCCGCACCCAGACUUUUUCGACCUGGCCGACGAGCUGGGGUUUUAUGUCAUUGCCGAGGCGGACCUCGAGUGCCACGGCUUUGGCGACAAGGGCAGCAGCGUGCCGCCCGAGUCGUACACCACCGACAACCCCGAGUGGCGAGAUGCCUACGUGAACCGGGCCGAGCAGCUGGUGCGCCGCGUGAGGAACCACGUGUCGGUUAUUUUUUGGAGCCUGGGGAACGAGUGCUUCAUGGGUCAAAACAUGUUCGCCAUGGCCGAGUGGAUCAGGGCCGCGGACCCGACGAGGCUCAUUCACUACGAGCAGGACUAUGGGGGUGUGCUGGCUGACGUCCACAGCAGGAUGUACUCGAGUCCGCAGUGGAUUCGCGAGUGGGUGGUCAACAAGACGGACAAGCCACUGAUUUUGUGCGAGUACGCGCACGCAAUGGGCAACGGCCCCGGCUCUCUGGUCGACUACAUUGCCGCCUUCCGAUCCAACGUCCGCGCCCAAGGCGGUCUGAUCUGGGAGUGGUCCAACCACGGACUGCUCAAGAAGGAGGGCGACCUCGAGUACUAUGCCUACGGCGGAGACUUUGGCGACUUUCCCAACGACGCAGACUUUAUCAUGGACGGCCUGAUGCUGUCGGACCACUCCCCCAUGCCGUCUAUCUUCGAGUACAAGAAGGUGAUCCAACCGAUCGUUGCAGCUUGGGCCGGCGAGGGCUCCGCCUCGGGCCAGGUCGUCAUAACCAACCACUAUGGGUUCGUUGACUCCAGCCAUCUUGAGGCGAGCUGGCAUGUUGUUCAAGACGGAAAAAAGACGGAGCCUGCGGUACUUGAUGUGCCCGCCGUGGCAGCUGGGGAUAGCGUGACAGUUGCCACGCCGCUUGAUGACAGCCAGCUCGAAGCCGGCGAAGCCUUCCUCGUCCUCGAGUUCCGCUUAGCCAAUGCCACGAACUGGGCAGACCAGGGCCACCUAGUCGCCUGGGAUCAACUACAUAUCCCCGCCCGGGCAGCGGCAGCCCACAAGACCCGAGGCAGCAGCUACAACCACAGCGCCUACAGACCCAGAGCGCAGGACAUUAUGAACCUGGGCCAGACCGACCCGACCUCCAACGGCACCCACCUCCAAGUGACGGCUGGAACAUCGACCUUUGGUUUCGACCUUUUACGCGGCAACGUGACAUGGACCGUCGACGGCGGUCCGUCGAUCCUGCAGCGCGGGCCGGAGCUCAGCUUCAUGCGCGCGUCGACGCAAAACGACGAGGCCGGCGGGGGCGACGCCCGCCAGUCCUGGGACCCGGCGCGCGUGCACGAGCUGCACCCGCAGGUGCGCGACGUGCGCUGGCGGCAGGGCGACGACGGCGUCACGACGGUGCACUACCGGAUCCGCGUCGCGCCCAAGGUGUUUGUGUGGGGCGUCGACGCCGACGUCGUCUACACGGUCGACCCGCAGCCGGACUCGGGGGUGCCGGCGCUGACGGUGCGGGCGGCGGGCUCGUUCCACAACGACACGGCCGUCGAGCUGCAGACGCUCCCGCGCAUCGGGCUGCUGGCGUGGCUCCCCGCGGCCCUGGACGAGGUGGCGUGGUUCGGGCGCGGGCCGCACGAGACGUACCGCGACAGCAAGCAGGCCGGCCGGUUCGGCAACUGGAACGCCACCGUCGACGAGCUGCGCACCACGUACGACUACCCGCAGGAGAACGGCAACCGCGAGGACGCGCGGUGGGUGUCGGUGCGCAGCAGAGAGGGGCGAGCGGCGCUGCGGGCGAGCAUGGUCGACAGCGACGGCGGCGGAAACAGCCACAACGACGCGCACGGCGAGACAUUUGCCUUUGCCGCCGCGAGGUACAUGCCCGAAGACCUGAACCGCGCCAAGCACCCGCACGAACUGAGGAAGCUGGACGUGACGGUGCUGAACCUGGACUACCGCGGGAACGGGUUGGGGUCGGCGACGGUCGGCCCGAGGCCGUUGGAGCAGUACAGAUGCAAGCCGGAGCCGUUUGACUUUACUUUCAGGUUGGAGGUGUUGAAAGGGUGA